AUGGCGUCCAUGGGUUCUCCAGUGGAGGGCAAUUCCAGUACCACUGGUGCUUCGAAAAAGGUGUAUGUAGCUCUGGGGAACGAUCUCAUCUCCAAAAUCGGCAUCCUUCAUCUGGCCCCCGAUUGCUCCAACGAUGUCGUCAACACCCACUUUGGGAAGGUGCUGGCAAGCUCCAUGAGCGACGAGAAGCUUGAAGCUCUCAGAAAUUACGAGGUCGCUGGCGGCAAGGACGAUGAUGGCGGCGAGGAGGCUCUGUUUGUCUCGCUCAGCGCUCUGUUUCGUUUAGCGUAA